GACGCGGGUGCGCGUGAUCAUACCGGACGAUAUAUCGUUUAAAACGUGUUUUACCGCUAAAAUGACAAAAACAAGAGUGUUUUCUACAUAACAACAAUUCAAAAACAAAAUGAUGUGUCAGUUCUUACUUUUAGUUCCGUGAAGUGUGCAUUAUUAAGUGUCUAAACGAUAGAAAGGAAUAAAACAAAUGUGUGUGAUCCAUGUGUGAAUGUUGUGCUCCAAGAUGUGGAACUUAAUACCGGAUUAUGGGAUUAAACUGUCCAUGCUUCUCUUGCUCUCUAUGCUAGCAGCGAGGAUCCAAAGCGCCGAAGGUUUUGUGUCAUGUUCGCCGUCGCCGUGCAAAAAUGGCGGAUCCUGCUUGUCGACGCCACGCGGGGAGUAUUUUUGCAAUUGCACAUCAAGAUACGCGGGUGAAUUUUGCCAGCAUUUGAACCCUUGUCACAGCGAGUCAAGCCCUCGUUGUCAAAAUGGAGGCUCUUGCAGAGUGAGACUUGGGGCUAGCGGAGGUCCGCCAUCUUUCGCCUGCGAUUGUCCCCUGGGGUUCAGUGCGUCUUUGUGCGAGAUUCGCGUUCCAGCAGCCUGUGAUUCAGCGCCUUGUCUGAAUGGAGCAACGUGUCGACUGACUUCACUGCAUACCUAUGAAUGUGAUUGCCCGCCUGGAUACACAGGUGAAGAGUGCUCCCACGAAGACCACUGUGCAUCGCAGCCCUGUCGAAACGGAGGUCGUUGCGUUGCUGACAAUACAACGGCGGCUGGAUAUUCCUGUGUCUGUCCACCUGGCUUCACCGGCUCGCGGUGUACUGAAGACGUCGUCGAAUGUUCCAGCGGCUCCGGCCCCUGUCACCAUGGACGUUGCUUCAACACCCACGGGUCCUAUACCUGUGUUUGUGAGCCGGGGUAUACGGGAAGGGACUGUGAUGCUGAGUAUGUUCCUUGUGAACCGUCACCAUGUCUGCACGGAGGAAGAUGCACGCCGUUGGAUCAACUAAGAUAUGAGUGCGAUUGUCCUUCGGGUUACCGUGGGCAGAACUGCGAGAUUGACAUUGACGACUGCCCAGGGCAUUUGUGCCAAAAUGGCGCAACGUGCCUCGAUGGACUGAACUCGUACACCUGCGAAUGUCCACCAACGUUUUCGGGAACACUGUGCGAGACCGAUGUGGACGAGUGUGCUUUGAGACCUCUAGUCUGCCAGAACGGAGCCACCUGCACCAACACAGCUGGAGGCUUUUCCUGCAUCUGUGUCAACGGGUGGACAGGCCCCGAGUGCUCAGUGAACAUUGAUGACUGUGCUGGCGCCGCCUGCUUCAACGGCGCAACCUGCAUUGAUCGAGUUGGUGCCUUCUACUGCAAGUGUACGCCUGGAAAAACUGGUCUUCUCUGCCACUUGGACGAUGCCUGCACAUCAAACCCGUGUCACGCUGACGCGAUCUGUGACACAAGUCCUAUUAAUGGUUCAUACACAUGUUCCUGCGCAUCUGGUUAUAAGGGUCUCGAUUGUUCAGAGGAUAUUGAUGAAUGCGAGCAGGGUUCUCCCUGCGAACACGAUGGCAUCUGUGUCAACACGCCUGGUUCGUUCGCCUGCAACUGUUCUGUAGGUUUCACGGGACCAAGAUGUGAGACUAAUGUUAAUGAAUGUGAGAGCCACCCUUGUAGGAACGAGGGGUCAUGUCUCGACGAUCCAGGAACUUUCAGAUGCGUGUGUAUGCCUGGUUUUACGGGUACUCAGUGCGAAGUUGAAAUCGACGAGUGCGCAAACAACCCUUGUCUCAAUGGUGGAGUGUGCCAUGACAUGAUUAACGCAUUUAGAUGUACUUGUGUAAUUGGUUUUACGGGCGCCCGCUGUCAAGUCAACAUAGAUGACUGUGCAUCUAGCCCAUGUCGGAAUGGAGGCACUUGUCAUGACUCCAUCGCCGGUUAUACCUGCGAAUGUCCACCUGGAUAUACUGGCAUGUCCUGUGAGACGAACAUCAAUGACUGCCUAUCAGCACCAUGCCACCGUGGUGAAUGUAUUGAUGGAGAUAACAGCUUCACAUGCAACUGCCACCCUGGGUACACGGGCCGGGUAUGCCAGACCCAGAUCAAUGAAUGCGAGUCGAAUCCUUGUCAAUUUGGAGGCCAUUGCGAGGAUCUAAUAGACGGCUACCAGUGCCGGUGUAAGCCUGGUACUUCUGGUCGUAAUUGCGAGAUUAACGUAAACGAAUGUUACUCCAACCCUUGCAGAAACGGAGCAACCUGCAUUGAUGGAAUUAAUAGGUAUACAUGUGAAUGUAUUCCGGGUUUCACUGGCCAACACUGCGAGACCAACAUCAACGAAUGUUUGUCCAACCCGUGCGCAAACGGCGGCAAAUGCAUAGAUCGCAUCAAUGGCUUCCGUUGCGAAUGCCCAAGAGGAUACUAUGACGCGAGAUGUCUGUCAGAUGUCAACGAAUGUGCGUCUAACCCUUGUAUCAACGGUGGAACCUGUGAAGAUGGAGUUAAUCAGUUCAUUUGUCAUUGUCUACCAGGAUAUGGAGGUCAACGUUGUGAACGAGAUAUAGACGAAUGCAGUUCCAACCCAUGCCAACAUGGAGGCACUUGCCAUGACAGACUUAAUGCAUAUAAAUGCGAUUGUAUUCUUGGAUUUAAUGGUGUGAAUUGCGAGACAAACAUCGAUGAUUGUGCUGGAAAUCCGUGUCUGCACGGCGGUUCUUGUAUAGACCUCGUCAACGGAUAUCGAUGCGUAUGCGCACCACCACAUUCGGGACGAAACUGCGAGAAUACACUUGAUCCUUGUCAACCAAACCAAUGUCGGCACGGCGGCAGAUGUGUAGCCGAGGCGUCAUACGCUGAAUUCAAUUGCCAAUGUCCUGUCGGUUGGACGGGCGCUCUCUGCGAACGGGACGUUGACGAGUGCAUGGUGACGGCCCCGUGCCACAACGAAGCCACCUGUAUCAACACUGAAGGCUCCUACGCAUGCUUAUGUGCGAGAGGCUACGAGGGAAAGGAUUGCGCCAUUAAUACGGACGAUUGUGCUUCUUUCCCCUGUCAAAACGGUGCGACCUGCCUGGACAGUAUUGGUGAUUACAACUGCGUAUGCGCAAGUGGGUUUGCGGGGAAACACUGCGAGAUUGACGUUGAUGAGUGUCAGUCACGACCCUGUAUGAAUGGCGCUACGUGUAACCAAUACGUGGCAUCGUAUACCUGCACCUGUCGACUGGGUUUCUCGGGAAUCAACUGUCAAACGAACGACGAGGAUUGCACAGACUCUAGUUGCAUGAACGGCGGAUCCUGUAUUGAUGGCAUUAACUCUUACAAUUGCUCUUGUCCACCUGGGUACACGGGAUCAAAUUGCCAAUUCCGUAUAAACAUGUGCGAUAGCUCUCCUUGCGACAACGGCGCUACCUGUCACGACCAUGUUACUUACUACACUUGCCACUGUCCCUAUGGAUACACUGGAAAGCACUGCGAGACUUUUGUCGACUGGUGUGAGAACAAUCCCUGUGAAAAUGGCGCGACGUGUUCGCAAAAAGGACCGCAAUAUACGUGCACGUGUGCGCCCGGAUGGUCCGGGAAACUCUGUGACGUUGAAAUGGUAUCCUGCAAGGACGCUAGCUUACGAAAAGGUGUCAAGCUAAAGCAACUCUGUAAUAACGGCUCAUGCGAGGACAUAGGAAACUCCCAUCGCUGUCACUGCUUAGAUGGUUAUACGGGCUCCUACUGUCAAAAGGAAAUUAAUGAGUGUGAGUCAGCUCCAUGUCAGAACGGAGCACAAUGUAAGGACUUAGUUGGAACAUAUCAGUGCCAAUGUGCCAAAGGAUUCCAAGGACAGAACUGCGAACUAAACGUUAAUGACUGCCUUCCAAACCCGUGCCAGAACGGUGGAACUUGCCACGAUCUCAUCAACAACUUCUCUUGCUCCUGCCCAUUUGGUACUCUCGGAAAAAUCUGCGAAAUCAACGUCAAUGAUUGCACACAGGACGCCUGUCACAACAAUGGCACCUGCAUAGAUAAAGUAGGCGGCUUUGAAUGUAAAUGCCCGGCUGGCUUCGUCGGUCCCAGGUGUGAAGGAGACAUCAACGAAUGCUUGUCGAACCCAUGCUCGAUUCCAGGAACACAGGAUUGCGUACAAUUAAUCAAUGACUACCACUGCAAUUGUAAACCAGGUUAUAUGGGCAGACACUGUGAUGCUAAAGUUAACUUUUGCGCGAAUUCCCCUUGUCAGAAUGGAGGAAUUUGUACAGCGAUCCAAGGUGGACAUGAAUGCCUAUGUAGCGAUGGUUUCUACGGCAAGAACUGUGAAUAUUCCGGCUAUGCUUGCGAUUCUAACCCUUGCCAAAACGGCGGCUACUGUCGAACAUCCGAGAUUGGGGAUUACGUGUGCGACUGUCCUUCGGGGCUAUCUGGUGUUAAUUGUGAAAUUGAUUCUAUGAAUGAUUGUCUCAGCAACCCUUGUAAACAUCCCGAAGCGCGUUGUAUUGAUAAACCUGGUGAUUACCUGUGCUAUUGCCCAAGGCAGUGGACCGGAAAAACUUGUGACAUUCACGACCCUCACUCCAGAGGCGGUUACGGAAGCCCAGUAACUGGAGUCUACGGUCAAAGCCCGUCUUUGACUCUACAAGAAUUAGAUCUAGCUUUCCAGAGAGAACAAUGUGUAAAAAUGGGCUGUAAAGAAAAACAAAGUGAUCAUCAUUGUGAUGAAGAAUGCAACACUUUUGCGUGUGAAUUUGAUGGAAACGAUUGCUCUCUUGGUAUAAACCCGUGGGCUAAUUGCACUGCCCCAAUUAAAUGCUGGGAAGUUUUCAUGAACGGAGAAUGUAACGAAGUUUGUAACACCCAAGCCUGUUUAUUCGAUGGAAGGGAUUGUGAGAAAUCACUUCAGAAAUGUAACCCGAUUUACGAUGCAUAUUGUCAGAAGCACUAUGCGAAUGGGCACUGCGACUACGGGUGUAAUAAUGCGGAAUGUAAUUGGGAUGGAUUGGACUGCGAGAAUGAACCGCCAGAUUUAGCUGAAGGUGUUAUUUCCGUGAUUCUCCUAAUGGAUAUGAGAACGUUUAAAGAGAACUCAGUUGCCUUCCUCAGGGAUUUAGGUCAUCAGCUUCGUACUACGAUUCUGAUUAAGAAAGAUCAUCUAGGAAACGACAUGGUGUAUCCAUGGAAGGGUUCGACAGAUGUCGGUUUGCAAGACACAGAAUUUGGAAAGAAACAUCACAUAGUUUUCACCGAGAGAGGACAGUCUGGUGUGCAAGUGUAUUUGGAGAUUGAUAACAGAAAGUGUACAACACUGUCUAGUUCUGAGUGUUUCUUCUCAGCGCGUGAGGCCGCCGACUUCUUGGCAGCUACAGCGUCGAAACAUUCCUUGUCUUCAGACUUCCCAAUCUACCAAGUGAAGGGCGUUCCUUCAAUAAUAAACCCGGAUCUCCCUACGAACUCUAAAUACGUAUUUAUUGGAGUAAUUUUAGUUCUUUUGGCUGGUUUGUUAAUCGGUGUCUUAGUAACAGCCCAAAGAAAGCGUAUGCAAGGAGUAACAUGGUUCCCAGAAGGAUUCAUGACAAACAGCUCUUCAUCCCGACGUCGUUCUAGACGACGUGGUCCUGAUGGCCAGGAAAUGAGAAACUUAAAUAAGGGAUCCAUGGGAUGUAUUGAUGUUGACAUAAAUGGGGGUCACAUGGUGCCGCCACACUGGUCUGAUGAGGAUGAUGAUGGAGCUCCGCCGCGGGCUAAACGAGCUCGUGGUCCAGGAGACUCUGCCGCCCCAGGAGGCUAUGCAUCAGAUCACACAGCCAUCACCGAUUAUGAAGAAGCAACUCAUGAUCCAGGCAGAGUUUGGAGUCAGCAACAUUUGGACGCAGCGGAUAUUAGAGUACCACCUAGCAUGAUGACUCCGCCAGCUAUCCACGAUGGACACGUAGACGUCAACGCCCGUGGACCUCUCGGCAUGACUCCAUUGAUGGUGGCUGCUAUUCGUGGUGGAGGUCUGGAUACUGGAUCUGAUGUCGAAGAUGAACAGACGGCUCACAUCAUUUCCGAGCUUGUGGCCCAGGGAGCCCAACUAAACGCUGCCAUGGAUAAGACUGGGGAAACCAGCUUGCAUCUUGCUGCUAGAUACGCACGCGCAGACGCCGCAAAACGUCUCCUUGACGCAGGCGCAGACGCAAACUCACAAGACAACACCGGAAGGACGCCAUUGCACUCCGCUGUCGCAGCUGAUGCCAUGGGAGUAUUCCAGAUCCUGCUGCGAAACAGGGCUACCAACCUUAACGCCAGAAUGCACGAUGGAACUACUCCGCUGAUUUUGGCUGCAAGGCUGGCAAUUGAAGGCAUGGUGGAAGAUUUGAUAAACGCAGAUGCAGACAUAAACGCAGCAGACAACAGCGGAAAGACGGCGCUGCAUUGGGCGGCCGCAGUCAAUAAUGUUGAUGCUGUCAAUGUUCUGCUGGUACAUGGAGCCAAUAGGGACGCCCAAGAUGAUAAGGAUGAGACACCUCUAUUCCUUGGCGCCCGCGAAGGCUCCUACGGCGCCUGCAAAGCCUUACUUGACGCGAUGGCGAAUAGAGAAAUAACAGACCACAUGGAUCGACUGCCAAGGGACGUUGCGCAAGAGAGAAUGCACGAUGACAUUGUCCGGUUAUUGGACGAACAUUGUCCGAGACCGCAGCAUCAUCAUCUCAUGUCAUCACCCAACCCUCACCCGCAACUGAUAAGUCAGCCAACAGUGAUCAGUGCUUCAGCGACAAAGGGCAAGCCGAAGAAGGCCCGAGCAAAAGCAGGGCCCGAUAGUCCUCAAGACCAAUACGACACAAAUUUACAGGCUUCCCAAAUUAGACGGAAGCCGAGUGUAAAAAAGAGCAAUAAGAGAGUCGCACAAGAAGUCCCACAAAGCGUGGAAUCCCUGCGAUUCAGUUUGAGUCCUGUCGAGUCUCCACUACAAAAUUUACAGGAUCUCCCGUCGCCAUACGACGCCACAUCGCUGUAUUCCAACGCGAUGGCCCAAUACCCCGGCAUGGAGCAACUCGUACAUCAUAAACAGCCGCCAAGCUAUGAGGACUGUGUUAAGUCUGGUGGCGCCCUGCAAUUCGGGAGUAGUGCGGGCGCAUCUCUUUCUCCACCGUACUCCAACCAUUCGCCUGCCCACAGUAACCAAACCACGUCGCCACACGCCUAUAUAGGUUCCCCUUCUCCCGGUAAGUCCCGGCCGUCCCUCCCGACAUCUCCCGCCCACAUGGCGGCCAUGAGACACCAUCACCAACAUCAGUUAGACGCCGCGGCGUAUUCGGCGCUUGCCCAUCUCAGUGCAAACGGACAACACAACGCACAACUGCAGGCGGUGAUGACGCAUGCAGCGGCUCUAUCGCACGCGCAGGCAGCUCAUCACCCCGCCAUCACCAAUAUUAUGUCCGGUCUCUAUGGCAGUUGGGGUAUGGGAGACACAUUCCCGACGCCUUCACCCGAGUCCCCCGAUCAUUGGUCGACUCCUUCCCCCCAAACCCCACUCACGCAGUCCCCACAUUCGGACUGGUCUGAUCGAGCAGCGCUUUCGCCUAACGAUAUGCAACAAUCUAAUAAAGGUGCAACGGAAGCCAUUUACAUUUAAAAAAGUUUAUUUUAAGAAGUCUUUGAAGUGUCAAAAUGUAUGCGGAAUAUAAAACCUCGUUUUGCGGAGUAUUUUUUAUUGAUGACGUUUUUAUCUUGUUUGUUACUCUCUGGUAUGUAAAAAAGGACAGAAAAACGCGCGAUCUAAUGAAGGUUCCACAGAUAUUGUAAAUUUAGUUCAAAAUGCACAUGACGUCUUAUUGCUAUGAAUUUAAAAAUGGAAAUUAAAAAGGCGGGAUUUUCUGUCUUUUUUAAAUUAAGAACAGCGUUUUAAAGCGCCAUAGACUAAUGGUGCUUGUGCCGUAGCGUAUAGACUGAUGUACAGCCAUGACGUGUGUACCUAGUUAAGACUAACAAUUGUAAUUUGGUGUAUUUCCCAUAGACAAGGCGCAUAGCGACUAAGAUAUUUAUUCAUCAAAAUUUAUGAACUUAUACGUAAUUUAAGAGACAAUACAUGAAUUGUUUAAAAUACACCAGAAUUUAAUGUUGUUGUUUUUGUUAAAGGUAGUUUUUUAAUUCAGCUUAUGAGAUUAGGCGAGAUUUUCGUAUGAAAUAAUUUAUGUGUGAUUUAGCACUGUACUUUGUAUGUAGAUUAUAUGUAAGUCGUUAAAUUAUGAAAAUGAGAUUGAAGUCUAAAAUUCGCGGAUAGGCGACAUUGUUAGUUAUCUUAAAACCGCUCAUUCCGAAUCAUUCCAUUUUUGCUUCCAAUCUAUGGUUAAAGAGGUGACAACAAUUGAACAAAAAUCCAGCUUGUUUAGAAAACAAACUGUAAAUUAUAGGCAAAUAGCACAUGAUCAAUACCAUAGAUGUUACAUGUAAUCUGUGGUGUUGCCGCCAUGACAGCUGGCGGCAUUAUGAUGAUUAAUAACAUUCCAUUUUUUUAAUUUACAACAGUUAAAUUUUAAUAGAAUUAUUUUUUAAUUGUCUGUUGUCACCUCAGAAUCAGUACUUUAGUACAAGAUCUCACCAUUCCAUUGCUUGUUGGGACCAUGCUCAAAAUGAAAUUUCAAUUGUAUCAUAUUAUUAUAAGUUACGCCUAUGUAAAUAGCAAUUUUUAUAUUUAAUUUUUAGUUGUAUGUUUGUGUGUCAUUGUUAUGUGCCAACGAGCCGGUACCCUUUAUAUUAUUUAGAUGUAAGACGUCGUUUCCAUGUUUUUAAAUUUUAGGAAAAUUUUAACACCGUCUAGUGUUCAUUAAACUCACAAUUUUUUUUAAUACUGGAAACCAAACGGAGGAAAUCUAUAUCCGCGAUAAGUAAAUUAAUAAUUGGAUCUGUUACAUUGAAAACUAUCUAUAAUCAUCGUAUAGUAUAUUUUCACAUUCCAAAUACAUUCCUUUAAAAGUGGAAAUGACGUCAUAGGGUACAAAGUAAACGCGUGCUUCCGUAAUGCAUUCUGUAAUCGUAAAGCUAACCGCGUUAAGUACAAACUGUAAAAACAUUAGAAAAUUAAAUUUGUAAAACCUUCGUGGUUCUCGCGACAUAUACGGCACUAUAUUGCUAAAUCAAGAUGCCGUCUACCUAAGCUUGUAAAGCAUUUAUGUGCAGUAAUAAAUAACAGUACUAGACAGGGUUGCCAGUCCUCAACCUUAAUUGUGGUACAGUGUGCCAAAAUAGAGAUAAAAUCACUAGUUUAGAUUGAUACUAGGCAGUUCAGUAAUACAUAGGAUACAUAAGAUCUUCAUAUUAUAUUCAAUUAGAUAAUCUGGCACCUCUAAAUAGAAGUCUUUCCAACUGUGAAACUAUCCAAACAAUCACACUUCCUAAGUAAAGUAUAAACAUUCUAUUAAUAGUAUUUUUUUGAUCUGUGCUAAGUCGUACUGUACUGGAAAAAAUACUGUUACAAUGAUGAAUUGUGAGUAUUGCAUACAAUCAAACUUGCAAAAAUAAUAAUUUAAAAACUUAACUUCAGAGAAUUGUUAAAAUUAUAUUUUUGAUACGGGCCCAAGUCGUACUGGAUUAAAUACUGUAAAAUGCUAUUUAUGAUUUUAAUUAUUAUAUUAAAACAUGUGCUUACAACAUUUUGGUAGAACGGCAGUUUUAUGUUUAUUUUAGUUUACAUUUUUUUAGCAUGAUCUUCAAAUCUGUGCCUUUUAUUGUAUCAAAAUGAAUAGUUAAGGGAAUAGUUUGUAAGUUGCCUGUAAAUAAUUUUUUAUCAUUAUUUCUAUGGAAUGCAUUUGUUUGUAAGAUUCUUGUAUGUGGAGAAUACAGUUUUAUAUUUUCCCCGUAAUGACAAUAAAGGAACAAAUAAAUAUAGUUGUUUUUC